AUGGGUAGAGUAAACGUGACCCUGGAUGCAGACACUGCCCAUCCUGCCCUCUUCCUGUCUGAACAGAGACGUGUAACAUGGCAAGAAGAGAAGAAAGAUCUCCCUGCCUCCCCACAGAGAUUCGAUUCCCUUCCCUGUGUGCUGGGUCAGCUGAGUAUCACCUCGGGGAGAUACUACUGGGAGGUAGAUAUUGGGGACACAGUUUCCUGUGAUCUGGGAAUCUGUAGAGACAAUGUAACAAGGAAUGGGAGAGUAACAAUAUCCCCACAAAAUGGUUUCUGGGCCAUCAGGAUUUAUGAGGGGGAUUUCUGGGCUCUCACUUCCCCGGAAACUCAUCUAACUAUGAGAGAGUCCCCACGUAGGGUGGGGAUAUUCCUGGAUUAUGAAGAUGGAGAUGUGUCGUUCUAUAACAUGACAGAUGGAUCCCAUAUUUACACCUUUACCCGGAUUUUGUUCCAAGAAGGACUUCAGGAAGACAUUGAUAGGAGGAAGGCUCAAUAUAAGUCUGACUGGAGGAAAGCAGCAUUAUACGCUGAUUGGAGGAAAGAAGAGUUCCAGGCAGUACACAUGACCAUGGAUGCAGACACUGCCCAUCCUGCCCUCUUCCUAUCUGAACAGAGACGUGUAACAUGGCAAGAAGAGAAGCAAGAUCUCCCUGCCUCCCCACAGAGAUUCGAUUCCCUUCCCUGUGUGCUGGGUCAGCUGAGUAUCACCUCCGGGAGAUACUUCUGGGAGGUAGAUAUUGGGGACACAGUUUCCUGUGAUCUAGGAAUCUGUAGGGACAAUGUAACAAGGAAGGGGAGAGUAACAAUAUCCCCACAAAAUGGUUUCUGGGCCAUCAGGAUUUAUGAGGGAGAGUACUGGGCUCUCACUUCCCCAGAAACUCAUCUCACUCUGAGAGAGUCCCCCAGUAGGGUAGGGAUAUUCCUGGAUUAUGAAGAUGGAGACGUGUCAUUCUAUAACAUGAAAGAUGGAUCCCAUAUUAUCAGCUUUACCCAGGAAACAUUCCAAGGUGUCUUAAGACCUCUUUUCAGGCUUUGGAACUCUGACUCAGGCACCUUGACCAUUGUCCACUGA